AUGUCACAAUCAUACUUGAGAAUCGGAGAUAUCUGUCCAGAUUUCACACAAGAGUCCUCAUCAGGACCAAUCACACUCUAUGAGUACCUUGGUUCUGGUUACGGAAUCUUGUUCUCUCAUCCAAAGGACAAGACACCAAUCUGCACUACUGAGUUGGGCAGAGUUGCCAAGCUCAUUCCAGAGUUUGCCAAGAGAAACACAAAGGUACUCGCACUCAGUGUUGAUGGUGUUGCUGAUCACGUCGAGUGGAUCAAGGACAUCAACGAGACUCAGAGCUGCACCGUCAACUACCCAAUCUUGGCCGACGUUGACCGCAAGGUGGCCAACCUCUACGGCAUGAUCCACCCCAACACCGACAGCGUGUUCACCGUGCGCUCCGUCUUCUUCAUUGGCCCAGACCGCAAGCUCAAGGCCGUGAUCACCUACCCAAUGUCGACCGGUCGCAACUUUGACGAGAUCAUCCGUGUCAUCGACUCGAUCCAGUUGACCGACCAGUUCAAGGUUGGCACCCCAAGCGACUGGAAGGUCGGUGGCGACUGUGUCAUCGUGCCAUCCGUCAACGACGAGGCUGCCAAGACCCUCUUCCCAGGCGGUUGGAACACCGUCAGACCAUACCUCAGAAUGGUCCCACAGCCAACCUCCCAGUAA